AAAAGAUCAAUGUCUGUAGAGUUUUCCAAUCAGACAUUUGAAUAUGAAAAGCAGGAACCUCCAAAUUAAAAAUGCAAGCAAUCAACGAAACAGAACACCGUGAAAUUGUUGCAACAAGAAAUUUAAUACGUACCACCAUAUAUAUGGUUACCUAAACACUUUUUAAGAAAAUUAAUCAAAAUGGCCACUUUUCAUUCUAGAAAUGCGUUUUAUAUCAUAAGCACAAUUUGUUACGCUUUAGGCGCAUCAUCAAUAAAAGUAGCCACAACAAUACCUUUACAUGUAUCAAAUAUAUUGAAGGAAACUAAUGUAUCAGAAAUCAAAGGUAUUCUUAACAAUUCAAGGAGAAUUGUUGCUGGAACUGAAGCAAUGAACAAUAGACCUUAUAUGGUAUACUUAAAGUUGCCCACAAACAAUCCGAAGUACAAAGACUAUCGACGGUGGCUCUGUGGUGGGGUCAUCAUACACGAAGAGUAUGUCCUCACCUCUGCCGCCUGCAUCGAGGACGCCAAACAUUUCUACAUUGUGUCCGGCACAUACAAGCAUGAUGCAGCCGAUGAUCGGUAUUCUAACCUUUGCAUAAAAAAUGGAGCCAAGAAAGCUAUUUGGAAGUGUAUUCCUAGAAAUUAUGUAUUCGAUGGUCAUGAAAAUGACAAUAUAAGGUGGAUGAACAAUGACAUUGCAAUUGUGAGAGUGGAAGAUGAAUUCGACUUUACUCGCCGAGUAAGAGGAUGCGAUUAUAUACCUCAGCCCGUUGGUUAUAACAACCAAAGUGCCAAAUUAGAAGAAGCAGGCAAUAAGGCUAGUAUUGCUGGCUGGGGUAGUACAUCUAGAUACAGUGAUGAUCAGGGUUCUGAGAGUGGAAAGCAAGAUCUUCUAGAAGCACCAGUAACGAUUAUCUCUAAAAACCAGUGUAAAAGGCGAUGGGGGAAGCGGUACCAUAACAUUAUAGACAAUUACAUGAUCUGCUCUAAAGAUAUUAUUCCUGAUCUGUCUGAAGUAUGCGCGGAGAAAUAUGUGGAUUGUACAGAUGUGCAGUAUUCAGAUUCAGAAGAGACUAGCAAAAGACGGGUGCUCGAUCCGAAUCAAUUGGUGCUACAUUCGGCGUACCACAAUGAUUCUGCACGAAGACAGCUUAUUGGUAGUGGAGGGUUUUGUGAGAAUGAUCAUGGAGGGCCUUUAGUAGCUGGUGACGGUAGCAAUGCAUUAGUCAUAGGCAUCAUAUCUGCAUGUCUGGUCAAAGAAAACACAAACAAGUGCUAUGGUCCCUUCCUGUAUACCAGUGUCUACAAGAAUAGGGUCCUUAUCAAUUGCGCUUUAUUUAAAGAGGCACAGUCCUCGUGUGAAAAAUUAUUCCGAUCAGGAGGAUCGCAUGUAGAAACCCAUUUGAGUUGGGAUGAUCAUCCUGAUGGGCCAGCGAAAAAUGAAAUAAGAAAAGCUAAAGAAGAAGAGAGAAAGAGACGACAAUUUAACGAUGUCAACGUAGCCACUAAUAUAACAACAUCGACUCAAUCAAAUGCUACGAUAGGUGAAGCACAAGAACACAAUGGAGACAAUGGUACAAGACUUGAUGGAAAAAUUGAACACAAGCAAGCAAACGAAACAAAUAGCACAACUCAUUAAUGUUCAAGAAUAAACGUAACUAAGUAGACAAAACAACGAAUUUUAUGUAAACUCAUUAUACAUUAGAAUAAAACUAUUAUUUUUAAUUUA